AAUCUGGUUCCGGCGGUGAAAAAAUGGUUAUAGAAGUUCUUGGAGACGACAAUAUAAGAAAAGAAAUUAUUUCUUAUCUUAGAAGUGGCAAAAUCAAUUAUAAUUAUCAAAUCGAGUUAAAUUUUUUCACAUCUGAAAGAAAUAAACAUAAUGAAAUAAUUGAUGGUGAUGAUGUUAGUUAUGGUUCGUUAAAAGGGAGGGUUGUUCUUAAAGGUACUGAUAAUGAAGCAAUUGAAAAAAUUAAAGGACAUCCUGAAGAAUUAGCAGCAGCAAUUUUUUCAAAAUCACAUA